AUGGCUUCUGCAGCUUCAAGCCGAGACGUCUUACCGUCCGAUGUCAAGCCCGUGCACUACGACCUCGAUCUGCAUAACCUGGACACCAAGGCGUUCACGUACGAUGGUCUUGUCAAUAUCAGUCUUGAACUGAAGACAGCUACGAGCUCAAUCACGCUCAAUUCGAAGGAGUUGAAGAUUGGCGAGGGGGUUGUUAGGGUCGAGGGGAGCACUGAGGAUAUCAAGGUUACGGAUAUCGCAUACGAUACAAAGGCAGAGACAGCCAAGUUGUCGCUUGCAAAGGAGCUCCCGGGCGCCGGGAAGGCGGUGCUGGAGCUGAAGUUCUCGGGCGCUAUUAAUCAUAAGAUGGCGGGGUUCUAUCGUAGUGCGUACAAGAACGAGAAGGGAGAGGAUGAUUGGAUGUUUUCUACACAGUUUGAGUCUUGCGAUGCCCGUCAGGCAUUCCCUUGCUUCGACGAGCCGAACCUUAAAGCUACCUAUGAUUUCGCCAUGACUGUUCCCGAGAGCUUCACCGCGCUGUCCAACCAGCCCGUGAAAGAGACACAGUCGCUCGGAAACGGCCUAAAGAAGGUUUCCUUCUUGACGGUACCCAAGAUGAGCACAUAUCUUCUUGCAUGGGCGUGCGGAGAGUUCGACUAUGUUGAGGACUUUACCGACCGAGAAUACGAGGGGAGGGGGAAGCUGCCCGUCAGAGUCUACACCACCAAGGGUCUGGUGGAGCAGGGUCGGUUUGCGCUGAUGAACGCAAAGAAGAUUGUGGAUUACUUUUCAGAGAUCUUUGAUCUGGAUUACCCGCUUCCGAAAGUUGAUCUUUUGGCGGUCCACGAGUUUUCCCAUGGAGCUAUGGAGAAUUGGGGGCUCAUCACUUAUAGGACGACUGCUGUGCUGUUUGAUGAAAAGACCUCGGACUCAAGGUAUAAGAACAGAGUAGCAUAUGUCGUAGCUCAUGAACUUGCACACCAAUGGUUCGGGAAUCUUGUAACCAUGGACUGGUGGUCAGAGCUGUGGCUCAACGAAGGGUUUGCUACCUGGGUGGGAUGGUACGCCAUUGAUCACUUUUAUCCGGAGUGGAAUGUUUGGGGACAGUUUGUCACUGAAUCCCUACAAACAGCCUUCCAACUCGACUCGCUGCGCGGUUCACACCCAAUUGAGGUGCCAGUACGAAGUGCUUUGGACAUUGACCAGAUCUUUGACCAUAUCAGUUAUUUGAAGGGAUCUGGUACUAUUGGUAUGUUGAGCAACCAUCUUGGUGUUCAAACAUUCUUGGGAGGAGUAUCAAACUACUUGAAGAAGCAUGCGUAUGGCAAUGCUACGACCGAGGACUUAUGGUCCGCUCUUGGCGAGAAGGCCGGCACAAACGUAUCCGAGUUCAUGAGCAACUGGAUCAAGGCUAUUGGAUUUCCUGUAGUCACAGUCACGGAAGAGCCCGGCCAAAUCACUCUUCGCCAAUCCCGCUUCCUCAGCACUGGCGAUGUAAAGCCUGAGGAGGACACGACAAAUUGGUGGAUCCCUCUGAUGUUGACGGAGCAGUCUUACACCAAAUCAGCAGUGAAAGUCAAUGCUCUCACCAGCAAAGAGACGACCAUCAAAAACCUCAACACAGAUUUCUACAAGCUGAACUAUGGUCAGUACGGGUUCUACAGAGUCAAUUACCCAGCAGAACGGUUGGCGAAGCUCGGAGAAGUCAGGCAGCAGCUCAGUGUAUCUGACAGAGUUGGGCUGAUUGCUGAUGCCGCUGCAAUGGCGUUGUCGGGAUACGGAACGACCACCGGGUUGCUCUCAUUUCUUGCCGAGCUGAAGGACGAGGAUAGCUACCUGGUCUGGGCAGAGCUCCAGGUACAGCUCGGGAAGCUGAAAUCUGUAUUUGCGGAAAGCGAGCCUGAGAUUUACGAAGGAUUGAAGAAGCUUACUUUGGAGCUUGUGACUCCCUGCGUCGAGAAGAUCGGUUGGGAGUUCAAGGACGAAGAGGACUUCCUGACCGCACGGUUGAGAUCGCUGCUCAUCAGCACCGCCGGAGGAGUCAGUCACCAACCAACAAUUGACGAGGCCCUUCGUCGUUUCAAGCUCUACACUUCCGGAGAGGACAAGGCUGCGAUUCACCCUAACCUCCGCUUGGCAGUCUUCCGUAUUGCUAUCGCCCAGGGCGGGCAGGAGGAAUUCGAUGCCGUUAUGAGGGAGUACCUUUCAACCACCACGGUCGACGGAAGAGAAAUCUGCCUGUCCUCUCUCGGACGAGUGCACACGCCCGAGCUUAUCCAAAAGGUCUUAGAGUUCACAUUCACGGACAAGGUCAAGAUCCAAGACAAGCACACCCCCGUCAUCUCGCUCUCAAACAACCACCGGGCCAGACGUGCGGUGUGGGAGUUCAUUAAGAAGAACUGGGAUACGGUUUACGCCCAGCUCUCCGGAAACAUGGUCGUCCUGGACCGCUUCCUCAAGAACUCACUGAACAAAUUCUCGAGCAGAGAAGUCAUGGCGGAUAUUGAGGAAUUCUUCAAAGACAAGGACAACCACGGGUACGAUAAGGGGCUUUUGGUCAUUCGUGAUAGCAUCACGGGAAAUGCCAACUGGGUCGAAAGGGACGCCGCAAUUGUGAAGGAAUGGUUGAAGGAGCAUGGAUAUGUUGCAUAUGAUUACCUUUUUAAGCUUCUCCUCAUCGGUGACUCGGGUGUAGGAAAGUCCUGCUUGCUGCUCAGAUUCGCGGAUGAUACCUACACCGAGAGCUACAUCUCCACUAUCGGUGUCGAUUUCAAAAUCCGCACCAUCGAGCUUGAUGGCAAAACCGUGAAACUCCAAAUUUGGGAUACCGCUGGCCAGGAGAGAUUCAGGACCAUCACAUCCUCAUACUAUAGAGGGGCGCACGGGAUCUGCGUCGUUUUUGACGUGACCGAUAUGGACUCUUUCAACAACGUCAAGCAAUGGCUACAAGAAAUCGACCGUUAUGCCACCGAAGGUGUCAACAAGCUUCUCGUUGGUAACAAGAGCGAUAUCGCAGACAAGAAAGUGGUCGAAUACACCGUGGCAAAGGAAUUCGCCGACAGUCUUGGUAUUCCAUUCUUGGAGACUUCCGCCAAGAGCGCCACGAACGUCGAGCAGGCUUUCCUAACGAUGGCUAGACAGAUCAAGGAACGGAUGGGAUCCACCACUGCCAACAACAAGCCUACCGUCACUGUCGGCCCCGGAACCGGUGUCCAGCAGGCUUCGUCCGGCGGGUGCUGUUAA